GUGCUAGAAACAUUUGCUGGACGCCUGAUUAAAAUAGGAGUUUUAGCAAGGCGGGACAUUCCCAGCCUUACAAAGUACCAGAUAAUUCUAGCAAGGGAUCAACAUAGAAAAAACCCGUCUUCACAAAAUGCGGGAAUACAUCAAGGCGUAAUUGAAGGAGAUUUUGCACUUUGUAUCAGUUUAUAUCAUGGCUAUGAGCUGCUGCUGCAAAUGGGACUACGGUCAUUAUUUAUCUACCUUUGUGGAAUUAUGGAUGGAUCAAAAGGGUUAAGCCGUACGAAAACGGAACUUGGUCGUAAUGAGGACUUCAUGAAGCUAUAUCAGCAGCUUAGAGACAUGUUUUCAGACACAUCUCUGGCUUCAGUGAAUGGAAACGUUUGCAAGAUGUUUGAAAAGAAAAAGGAAUUUAUCUACAGCCAUCCAAAAUUAAGGAAAUUGGAGGAAAUUGUAAAAGAACACUUCAAAUCCUGGAAAAAAGGAUGUUCUGGUAACACAUCUGUGGACGCUGUGGAUACCAGAGUGAUGAUCUUCUCAUCGUUUCGAGAUAGCGUGCAAGAAAUUGCAGAAAUGCUUUCCCGACACAGCCCAGUUGUUAGAGUAAUGACGUUUGUCGGCCACUCCACAGGGAAGAGCACAAAAGGCUUCACACAAAAGGAACAACUUGAGGUGGUAAAACGCUUUCGUGAAGGUGGGUAUAACACUCUGGUCUCCACCUGCGUUGGGGAAGAAGGCUUAGACAUUGGAGAAGUUGAUCUCAUCAUCUGCUUCGACGCUCAGAAAAGUCCAAUUCGCCUUGUGCAGCGGAUGGGCCGAACGGGGCGCAGGCGGCAAGGCAGGAUCGUCGUCAUCCUCGCCGAAGGGCGGGAGGAACGGACUUACAAUCAAAGCCAGUCUAACAAAAGGAGCAUCCACAAAGCUAUUUCAGGAAACAAAAUGCUUCAUUUUUACCAGCGUAGCCCACGUAUGAUUCCACAAGGCAUAAAUCCAAAGCUGCAUAAAAUGUUUAUUACUGCUGAAAAAUAUGAACCAAGCAAUUCAAGAAUGCUUUCCAAAGAGAGAAGAACUAGUUCCCUCCAGCAUAAAUCUGCUCUCUUUUCCUGUGUCACUGGCCAAAAGCAAAUACACUGUCAUGAGAAUUGGUCUCUGUCGCCUGAGGAAUUUGAAAUAUGGGACAGACUUUACAGGAUUAAGGAAAAUGAUGGAGUAAAGGAACCGAUACUGCCUCAAAUUCAAUUUGAAACCUUAGAAAACCUCGAAGAAAAGCAUGAAGAGAAGGCAACUCAUGAACUUUCCUUGUCUGAAUGGAGAAUUUGGCAGAACCGUGCUUUUCCGACAUUCAUGGUUGAUCACUCAGAUCGUUGCUACCAUUUUAUCAGUGUUAUGGAAAUGAUAGAACUGAUGAGACACGAACAGGGAGAUUGCAGCUAUGAACUGGAGAUUCAGCCUCACUUACGUAUGGAAGACGUUAAUGUUCAAAGGAAUAAAAGUCAUCUUUCCAUGACCAGCUCCACAUUUGAUCAGAAAGCCUGCUCAUCUAGAAAAGACAUGGCACACAGAUCAAAAGUAAAGUCAUUUUUACCCGAUACAAAUGAUAAUGGGAGUGAAUUCUUUUCCAUGUUUAAAAUAACAAAAACAAAGACUCCCAGAAGAACUUCCAGCCUAAAUUUGGAAGUGCCUGUGUUGCCUACAGAGAGUAAGACUACGGCUUCUCACUCAGAGAGAAGGCUUGCUCUGGUUGACAAUAUUGACCAGGGCAGUCAAAAGGAUGAGGAACUAGAGGUGACGUUUGACUUAAAUGAAUUUAUUGACCUGUGGGACAACAGUGAAAGUACUGUAAUGCAUGAAAGUGCAGCAAUAAAGGAAUCCAAAACUGUAGAUAAAGCUUCCGGAGAGGAGCUUCACUGGAUUGACAGCUUUGAUGGUCUGUUUGACAAUGAAGAAUUCACUGAAAUUCAAAAGAAAACUCCAACAAUAAGUCACACUCUGACAAAUAAGCCUUCAAAUAAGUAUUUUGUUCAAAAAGAUGAAGAAGAUCUUGAAAUGAACAAGAAAAACGUGACUCUUGAUGAAGAGAUUAUACGAUUAUUUGAAGAUGACCACAUUAAUGACACAAAUAGUGGAAGUUUUUCUACGAACAAGUGUUUAGUCAAGUCGGAUUCAGGUGGGAGUGUUGUCAGGCCGGUUGCAGAGCGAGACUCCGAGAUGCGCUGCGUGAGCGCUGGCCAGACCUGCAGGGAGCAGCCAAUAAGCGGCAAAACCACAACCCUGGACAUGUCUGGUGGUAUUAGCGUGACCGAGCAGUUCCUGGGUAACGAUGAUCUUUAUGACUGUUCUCAAGAACUGUUUUCUGUUAACUUUGAUCUGGGAUUUUCCAUUGAAGAGUGGGAGAAUGAAAUCUUUGAAGAAGCUACAAAUACUAAUAAUUCCAGAAAAUUAAAUUGUGCCUCAGGCAGGCAUGCAGAUGGUAAAUCCACCGAAGAGAAAAAAAAAUCACCAAAUAGCUCCAGACUUGAAACAUCGCCAAAAUGGGAUUGCAAAAGUCUUGAGAGAAGAGACAUUUCCACACCAUUGCCGUUCCAGAGUAGGAGUAUGAAGGAUAGAGAAGGGACUGAGGACGCUACUGCUGCGGUGCCUUUCUUGGAGCCAGGAGACAGAAGAACGGGAAGCGGAUCGUCUGAAGCUUUGGCUUCUGCACUCUCGACCCCAACAAGUAGAAAAGUUACGAAUAUUAAAGCUGUCAAAAUAAUUCCUAUGAAUGUCUUCUCUAGUGCCAGGGAGGAAAUUCCAGAGGCACCUCUUACAGAUAAAGUAAAUACAAGCCCACAUAGGCAGAACUUUGAGAGUUCAGCCAUGGAUGUGCUUGAUUCCCCUUUAGGAAGAACUGAAAACCUGGAAGAUGUCAACCUUCACAGUUCACGUGUGUUUCCUGCCGAAGGAACCAGCAGUGAGAGUGAAGAAGAGAUCGUUUUCCAGAGAAAAAAUAGGAAAAAAAAGAAUGUUUUGAAGUCUCCUGAUGUUACGAACAAUAGUGAUUUUGAAUCACCGAUUCGUGCCAUCAGAAAACGUCGACACCCACUUAACAUGUCAGACGUGUCCAGUGAUGACAGCAUGGAUUUUCACAAGAACUCAAGUAGGACCACAAACGGCAGCUCGGCAGCCUGCAACAAAAAACAGCCAAGAAGCACGAAACGGCAAAAGGUCAAGAGCAAUUUUACAUACAAGGAUGCAGCAAGACAGUUUUUAGAUGAAGAAGCUGAGCUGUCCCAGCAAGAUGCAGAUGAUGUUUCAUCUGAUGAGAGUGGUGAUGCAGAGAACGAGCUGAACUCUUCACUUGCUCAAUUCCUAAACGAUGAUGUAGAAGUCACACAAGUGUUAAAUGACUCUGAGAUGCAAGGAGUUUACCUGAAAUCUGUGCGUAGUCCAGCUCUUGGCAGUAGAUACAAAAUGGUUCAUCGUGAAUUCAACAACAUGGCAAUUUUCUCACAG